AUGGCAAGCAGUAACAAAUGGAAAGACGAAGUAAAUGUGACCUGUAAUAACUUAAAGGCAAAUAAUAUAGCAAAGAGAAGAAAACAGACUAUCCUUGGACAAAAUGUCUUUAAAAAGGAAAAACAGACAAAAGAUGAAGAGACAAAAGAUAACUCCUGGAGCGACAGCGACGCAAGAUGGCAGCCACCACGGGCUCGGACAAUUUAUGAAAACCGAAUAUACAGCCUUAAAAUAGAAUGUGGACCUAAAUACCCAGAAGCACCCCCCUUUGUAAGAUUUGUAACAAAAAUUAAUAUGAAUGGAGUUAAUAGUUCUAAUGGAGUGGUGGACCCAAGAGCCAUAUCAGUGCUAGCAAAAUGGCAGAAUUCAUAUAGCAUCAAAGUUGUCCUGCAAGAGCUUCGGCGCCUAAUGAUGUCUAAAGAAAAUAUGAAACUCCCUCAGCCUCCUGAAGGACAGUGUUACAGCAAUUAAUCAAAAAGAAAAACCACAGGCCCUCCCCUACCCCCCAUUCGAUUUAAGCAGUCUUCAUUUUCCACAGUAGUAAAUUUUCUAGAUACGUCUUGUAGACCUCAAAGUACUGGAAAGGAAGCUCCCAUUCAAAGGCAGUUUAUCUUAAGAUACUGUAAAUGAUACUAAUUUUUUGUCCAUUUGAAAUAUAUAAGUUGUGCUAU